AGGAAGCGGCCGCGCGGCAGCUGCGGGGCGUGGGGGUGGUGGCGGCGGCCAAGGCCGAGACCGAGGCGGCGGAGGCGAAGGCGGUGUCGACCCAGCCGGGGACGGUUCCCCGCCGGGCCCCUUCCAAGCUCUAUGGAGGCGGCGGCGGGCGGGGGCUGCGGCUCCGGGCCGCCGCUGCUGCUGAGCGAGGGCGAGCAGCAGUGCUACUCUGAGCUCUUCGCGCGCUGCGCCGGCGCCGCAGGCGGGGGCCCCGCGUCCGGGGCCCCUGAGGCCGUCAGGGCCGUCCCCGGCGCGGUCACCGCAGCCGCGGGUCCCGUGGCCGACCUGUUCCGGGCGUCGCAGCUGCCCGCCGAGACGCUGCACCAGAUCACAGAACUGUGCGGUGCAAAGCGGGUUGGUUAUUUUGGUCCAACACAGUUUUACGUUGCCUUGAAAUUAAUUGCUGCAGUGCAGUCUGGCCUCCCUGUGCGGAUAGAGAGUAUUAAAUGUGAAUUGCCACUGCCUCGUUUUGUGAUGUCAAAGACCGAUGGUGACAUGCGAUUUGGAAACCUGGCUGAGCUGCAUGGGACUAAAGUUCACAUUCCAUAUUUAAUCCCAGAAAAAAAUACCUUCAAAAGAAUGGAUGAUGAAGAUAAACAGCAGGAAACACAGUCUCCCACGAUGUCACCCCUCGCCUCCCCUCCUUCUUCCCCGCCUCAUUACCAGAGGGUACCCUUGAGCCAUGGCUACAGCAAACUGCGGAGCAGCACAGAGCAGAUGCAUCCAGCUCCUUAUGAGGCUAGACAGCCCCUCGUCCAGCCUGAAGGACCCUCAUCGGGGGGCCCAGGGGCCAAGGCCCCUCGGCACCAGGCCUCCCUUAUUCGGUCCUUUUCUGUGGAGAGAGAACCACAGGAUAACAACAGUAAUUACCUGGAUGAACCCUGGAGGAUAACCGAAGAGCAGCGAGAGUACUAUGUCAAUCAGUUCCGAUCCCUGCAGCCUGAUCCAAGUUCCUUCAUUUCAGGUUCUGUGGCAAAGAACUUCUUCACCAAAUCAAAGCUUUCCAUUCCAGAACUCUCUUACAUAUGGGAACUUAGUGAUGCUGACUGUGAUGGAGCUUUGACCCUGCCUGAGUUCUGUGCUGCAUUUCAUCUCAUUGUGGCCCGGAAGAAUGGUUACCCACUGCCUGAGGGCCUGCCCCCAACUCUGCAGCCAGAGUACCUGCAAGCAGCUUUUCCUAAACCCAAGUGGGAAUGUGCACUGUUUGAUUCUUAUUCUGAGUCAAUGCCAGCAAACCAACAACCCCGUGACUUGAAUCAGAUGGAGAAGCUGUCUAUUAAAGACAUGGCCGAAUUUCCUGUCCCUAUCCAAGAUGUGACUGGUGAUGACAAACAAGCUUUGAAAAGUACUGAGGAUGAAGCCUUAUCAAAGGACAUGUCUGAGGAUCCAGCCACUCCUAAGGAUUCCAGCAGUCUCAAAUCAAGACCAAGAUCCAGAUCUUACUCUAGCACCUCCAUAGAAGAGGCCAUGAAAAGGGGUGAGGAUCCUCCCACCCCGCCACCGCGGCCACAGAAAACCCAUUCCAGAGCCUCCUCCUUGGAUCUGAAUAAAGUCUUCCAGCCCAGUGUGCCAGCUACUAUGUCAGGAUUGUUGCCUCCACCACCUGCGCUCCCUCCGAGACCUUGUCCAUCCCAGAUUUCCCAUCACAAUGUAAACAGUGAGCCCAGCACUCAGCCCAAGCCUCCAUCUCAGCUGCCUGACCAUGGAGAUUUCAGACUGCAGAAACAGUCUGAACAAGCGUCUGAGGCAGAGUUACACUCCCAGCUGAACAGAGCUCCCUCUCAGGCUGCAGAAAGUAGUCCAACAAAGAAGGACAUACCAUAUUCUCAACCCCCAUCAAAGCCUAUCCGUAGGAAAUUUCGACCUGAAAAUCAAGCUGCAGAAAACCAAGAACCUUCCACCACUGUUGGUGGGACAGCUUCUGCAGCAACUGUGAAACCCCAUCCAACAGUCCAAAAACAGUCUUCCAAACAGAAGAAGGCUAUUCAAACUGCUAUCCGCAAAAAUAAAGAGGCAAAUGCAGUGCUGGCCCGGUUGAACAGUGAACUCCAACAGCAGCUCAAGGAGGUUCAUCAAGAACGGAUUGCAUUGGAAAACCAGUUGGAACAACUUCGUCCAGUUACUGUGUUGUGACCCCCAAGAUUCAAGUAACCAUGGGUGACCUUUUCUGCCAAGAUCUUUCAUUUGAAUGUUUCAACUCAACUACUUGUCUUAGAUGUUUGAAACUGUGUCAAAAGCUGUGAGCAGUGGAAUAUAAUCCAUAUCACCUUUUCUCUUGUACUUUACUUGUACAUUUUACUCUGGUGGAAAAAAUACAACUGAUUAUCACACUCGAAACUGUAAUUAUUGGUGGAAUUUAUCUCCCAUUCUUAAGUACUUCCUCAAGGUGUUAGGUAUUGCUCCUUAUCAAAAGCUAUUCUAGCAAAUAAAACAACUUAGGGCAUUGUUUAUUCAAAGAAUUUAUGAUUUGUACAAAACCUUAUAACCCAGUGCCAUCAUGAUGCUUGUUUUAUUUUUGUAUGUAUAUCAUAUAUGGUAGGUUGGUUUCCUGAAUCAUUGGAAGUCCAGCUGGUUAGUCUUUGGCAUGAUGAUGAUAAUAACAAAAACUGAAAUAAAAUAAAAGCAUCAGAUUUAGACUGGCGCUGUGCCCUCCACCACUACAUGCCAAAAAUUGCUUCUCUAGUGCCAUUUUGAUAUUAUAUCUAGCUAUGAAUAAUAUAUGACUGUCAUUUUCUGUUGAAUGGCAAAGACCUACUGGUUCUUUACACCUCUGUAAAGUGGAGGUUUUGUCAGUGGUCUGUUUAACUUGGCCCAGCUAGACCAUCAAUCCGGGUAACUCAGUCCUUUUAUGUACAUUUUUAGGCAAGAGCAGUCUGUUUUAACUGCCUCUCCCGAUCAAAUUAAAUAGUUGCCAGAUCUCUACUUUUAUCCUGCAUGGGAAACAUAUCUGUAAACACAUGAAUUUGGAAAUCACCCAUCAGAUAUGAAAGGCUGAUGAGACUUUGAACAGAUACAUAAUUGUUUUUUGAACCCAGGUAUUCAAACUGGAGAAGAAGGGGAAAUGGUUAUUAUCAGCAAUUCAACAAUCUCUAGUAGUUAGUUUUGUCUUUGUUAUUUUGACUUGGAUUGUGUGUAUAUUGGAUAUGAAGAAAUAAUGAAAGGAAGGCCAGUUUUCACACUGGAUAUGUGACUGUUUGUUCUCUGUGAAGUGUACUCUUGGGAAGUGAUUGGUUUUUCCAUGGUCUGGAGGAGUCCAGCUGACUCCAGUGUAAGAGAUGUAAAGCGGUAAGCUCAAAUGGCAGAAGCCAGUUAUACCCUCUAGAAAUUGGGAUAGCCACUGCUUCCCCUAAAGCUCAAGUUUAAAGUGGGAAUUGACCAACCCUCACAGGGAUCAAGGCACACCAUCUUUAACAUCACUUGGAGAGACUGAUGGCAUGAAAUGAGGUCUCUUGAGCCUUUUGCUAAUUUACCCAUUCUUAGGCUAGAGGGUGGGGUGCGCCUACAGUCCUUUUUGAAGUGGUUUAGGAUAGGUUUGCAGUGUAUUGGGAUUAAGCCUUUGAUUUCAGUAAGGUUGACAGCUUUUAGAAAGAGUAGGCGUUUAUUUAAUGCUUCCUUAUUUCAUUGGCAAGCUUUAUCAGUAUCUUAUGGCAGAGGAGCUCCAACAGAUGAUGUUUUUCCAAAGAAAAACAAAUUGGUUCUAUUCUGUGCAUAAUAAAAGAUUUUGAACUGAUUUGAUUUGAAAAUCACAAAACUGAAACUAUUUCUCUAUUCCCAUUUUCCUUCCUUUUUGGCUGCCUUUUUUUGUUGCUGUGGGAAGGGCUUGGAGUCAGUUAAUCCCCUCCUAACAUUAUGACUGGGUCAGUGCAAAUACUUUAGGUCCCCUCUUUUCCCAUGUUCUGAGAUCUGGGGGCAGCAAGACCUUAACCAACAGUGUCCUUGUUGCAGGCGUUUCACAGCACAUUUGCCUUUUGUUACAUUCAAUCCAGGAGAGACCAGUAUAUACACGUUCUCUCUCCCAGUGCAUAUGCACUCACUGGAGAUAGCACUUCAUAUCCAUUAAGCACACAUGUAAACUAAGGAAUGUUAGUCUAUAUUAUGCAUUUGGAAAAUAUUGAUGUGUUUUUUUCCCCACCAAGCCAAUGCCAGUGGAUAAGCCAAUUAAGAGGUUGGGGUUUUGUUUAGUUGGCUUAGUUUUCAUUAAAGGGAAAAACUUGCAUUGGGCAAUCAACACCCCAUGAGUUGCAUAGUUUCACCAGUAUUUUAAGGUAGGCAUUGCGUUGAAGCACACGCCAACAAUAUUUGUAUCCAACCUUCUUGACUGGACUUAAUAGUGACCACCAUUUAUCAGCUGCUAAGAACUGGAUUUUUAAAACACACAUAUGCACACACGCACAUGCACAUCAUUAUUAUUACCUAACUAAUGCUCAUCUUCUAUUUCUCUGUUUUCUUUGGAUGUACAUUUUAAACUUAGGGCUAUAACUCCUGGUAAUGUUUCUGUGAGCCCUUAAUGUUAUUUUAUAGGAAGGCAGGGUUAUUGAAAUCACCAUUAUACUUCUUCUAUAAAACUACUCCAAAAUUAGGCCUGCUUGUUGGGCAGAACUCUGUGGACAGCCGGUUGAUGCUGCCCCCAUCCAGAGGUUUAAUAAUCUUGUUGUUAAGUGGUCUUCCUCCAUGGGGUCCCGAGGAUAAAUCACAGUAGUGGUUGAUGGUGGGCUUGUUGGGUACCCAAGUGUGUUUUGUGUGUGGCUUGUUGCUUUUACCACCUCCCUUUCCAGCAAAACUAAAAGGUAGGUAUUGGAAUGGAGAUGCGUGUUGUAGUCAAGGUAGCUGUUUGCCUUAAUUGGAAGGAUCUAACUGCUUUAUUAAUAUUAGAGAAGUGCUUUGGGCCUGGUUGGGAGAGGAGGCAGCUUAGCUGGCAGUUGUGUCCAUUUUACCAUCUUUGGAGAAUUGGAUGUCAGAGCUGAGAGACUGGUAUUCAUCUCCUGCAGUUUGCUUGUGGGGAAGCCAAGGCCCUAAGAAGCCACAGUUCUUAGCCGAAUAAUCCAUAGAAAGAGGUAGCUAGUGGCAGAGUUGGGAUGCUAGCCUGAUUUUAUGGAUUCUAAGUUAAGUCUUCUAGCUUCUAGGCAAUAUUAAAAAUAGAUUAUAGGGGUUUCUUCUAUUUACUAUGUUGAAUUCUAUUUAUCUAAUCAGUCGUAAAAUAUGAAAACAUGUUUUAAUGAGUUUUAGAUCUAGAUAUUUCUCUUGGAUUGAAACAAAAAAUCUGAAGGAAAAGAAUAUGAUGAACUAUUCUUCUGAACACCUCAUCUUUCAUGAUGCAGUAAAUUACUCCGAGUUUCUUGGCAGAACUUUUGACAGCUGUUGCUUUGAGUGGAUUCCAUUCCUAUAUUCCUUAUGGGAGUUUGUUUUUAAAAUAGACUACUGUGACUGAAAUGAACCCAAUAUGUAGUAAGUUACAGUUUUCUUCAAUAUAUCUUUGGUUACUUGGGUUGCAAAUGUUAACUUCAGCACAUUUUAGGGUGAGUAAUCAAAAAUAAGAAUUUUCCUUUGAUUUCUUACCAAUGUCUGAGCUGUCAUAAAACAUUCUUCUCUGUAUAUGUGACUUGAUUCUAAAGUCUGUUUCUAAAUGAUAGUUGUUUAUUUCUUAAUGAUCUCACAACCUUAGUAAUAAUAGGUAGGUAUUCAGAAGCCCAAUAAGAAAACCUUGGAAUGGAUGUGUUUGUUCCAGUUAAGGCAAGCAUUUGUAGAUGUCAUUUUCUAAGCAGUAGUUGAACAGACCCCAAUUACAGUAUAACACCUUAGAGCUAAAAACAUUUGUUCAACGCGAACUAGAAUCACACCUCCCAACUAGAUAUCACCAAGGGAACAUGAUUUUUAAAAUAUUUAAAAAAUUUUCAAAUAUCAUAGCAACCAGAUCUUCCCAUAUUAUUGACAAGUAGGUCUCCAUACGUUGUGGUUUGAACAGGAUGAGUGUGAACAAAAUGAAAUAUCAGUGGAGAGGUCUUUUUCUCCUAGUAAAGAACACUUCGUAACUUUGGUUUCUCUUUCUAGCUGUCAUACUGUUUCAAGUGUACUCUUUUAAAACUCUGAUUUCAAAGGACUGCUUGAAUUUACAGUCUAGUAAAGGGUGUUUUGUUUUGUUCUGUUUCUGCAUCAUUACUCAGUGUGAUUCAAGUUUGUAGUAAGAAGUGGAGACUUGGGUUUUUGGAGUGCUGAGGUGACUUAUCUUGCUUCUCCUUCAGCACAGGCCAAGGGAGACUUCCCAUCAAUGCCAACAGGUCAGUCAUCGAUGGCAGUUUGAAUGUGAGUCACUCUGUGAGCCACCUCGCUUUGCUUGUUUGUAAUGGAAAAUGCAUCUAGCUUUGUGACCCUCCCAAGAGCACCUGUAAGAACAACAGACAUAGAGAGCCAGACUUUACAAGCAGUGCAAGCAGAUUCUAAGGGCUGCUUCCAUCCCCAAAGAUAGGCUUUUUCAGAGGUUGCCUUACAAAUGUUCCCUUGAAACAGCCAGUCUGUUAAUAUGAGCAGGACAUCCCAGGUACCUAGUCACUUUUAGGUUUGUAUAAUUAUUUUCUGCAUUUAUUAAUACACAUGAUGAUAAAGAAACCUUUUCUAAGAGGCAUAUAGGAAGAUUUCAGCGGAGAGGACUUGUUCUAGUUACAAAAGCCUUGGUCUGCUCUCAACAAUUGGGGAAUGUUUAUUUUUCAUGUUUUGUGAGUUCUCCUGUCUUGCUCUAAGCUAUAAGUUCAUGGCCAUGGGAAGUUGGAGAAAAUGGGUCUGUGACUCUGAAGACCAGAGGACUGUACUUUAAGAGUGUUGGAGUUGGAAUUUGAAGGGGCUGCAAAAGGAAGUCCUCAGGUUCUGGAUCUGUCCUAAAGUGCUUUGUUGGACAACAGGACUGGAUCCUAAAGCCCCUUCAGGGAGCUCUGCCCUGGGAACGGAACAGUGCAUGCAAUAACCCCUUUGUAUGGCGAUUGGGUCAACUGGGUUGUGUUGGUUUUGUUUUGUUUUAAGGCAACUUGUGUGAGGGUGUCAACUGCACCCACUCUGGGAGCCCGGUAUACUCUUUAGCACCGCCAUUCUUUUUGUCUUCAGUGAGCCAGAGGUGGGAAGAGCCAUUUUAGUCUUCAUGCCAGUGGGCUGGGAGAGAUAAUGAGCUGAGUGGUCUAUUUUAACCUUGAGAGUAAAAAUGUAUAUUUUUUCACUACAGGUACAUUGAACAGUAAAAUGAGUAACAGCAAAGAUAUAUUUGAUGCCUUCCAUCUUUUCAUGAUAAUGUGCUAGCAAGUUGUGUUAAUAUUUUACUCAGCUAGAGUCUCAUUCAUUUACUAAACUUUGGGAGCAUUAUGUAUAUUGAUCUUAAACGUAAAUAAAGGAUAGGCUGUGUUGGAUUGUGACUUGUAGUCUCAAGCUAACCUUACUGCCUCUUUUUCACACUUGUUGGAAAGUCUGUGAAGAACAUAGUAAGUUAAGAAUCUCCAACUUUGAAAAAUGUACAUAAUGUGAAACUGGGGUGCUAUGUUAAAAAUAAAUGUAUGAUGACUAAGAGUGGCUUUUAUGGAGUCUUGGUGUUCAAUAAAUUGUG